UGUCUACAUCUGGAUAAGAAGUCAGAAGCCUCUGAAAACAAUCUUCUGUUUAUGUUGCUUGAAUAGGCUAAUCCACCUAUUUCAACCUUUGAGAGCAAAUUCUCAAGGUCAAAUUGAAGGAAAUUGAAUAGAGGAAAACGUGUGGGUGACCUGACUUUAUCAUGGAACCUGAAGACUUUGAUUCUGAAGACAAAGAGGUGUUAAACUGGGACAUUAAUGACAUGAAACUGCCACAGAAUGUGAAAAAGACUGACUGGUUCCAGGAGUGGCCAGAUUCCUAUGUGAAGCACAUCUACAGCUCAGAGGACAGGAAUGCACAGCGGCACCUGAGCAGCUGGGCCAUGCGCAACACGAACAACCACAAUUCUCGCAUCCUCAAGAAGUCCUGUCUGGGUGUGGUGGUGUGCGGCCACAACUGCUCUACCAAGGAGGGGCGCAAGGUCUACCUGAGACCUGCGAUCUGUGACAAAGCCCGGCAGAAGCAGCAGAAGAAAAGUUGUCCCAACUGUAAUGGGCCUUUGAAGCUGAUUCCUUGCCGAGGCCAUGGGGGCUUCCCCGUCACCAACUUCUGGAGACACGAUGGACGCUUCAUAUUCUUCCAGUCAAAGGGAGAGCAUGAUCAUCCAAAGCCAGAAACCAAGUUAGAAGCUGAGGCAAGAAGAGCAAUGAAGAAAGUGCAUGGGGCACCUGCCUCUGUCUCCCUAAAGCUGAAGGGGAACCCAGGAUCCAAGUCUCUUCCAGGUGAAACACAAAGUCAGGGAAGUUUACCUUUAACUUGGUCAUUCCAGGAAGGUGUCCAAUUGCCUGGCAGUUACAGUGGACAUUUAAUAGCUAACACUCCCCAGCCGAAUUCACUGAAUGAUUGCUUAUCCUUCUCCAAGAGUUAUGGUUCAGGGGGAACCACUGAUCUGGCAGACCCGACUUCUACCUUAGACCCCACUAAGCUGUAUGAAAAAUGCAGAUUUUCCAGUAAUAGGAUCUACAAUAAUGGUUCCUGGCUACAGCUCUACAGAUGUUUGCAGGCAGCCGAUGUGAGAUCCUUUUCCAAAGCAAGGUUACUGCGCAGAUUUCGAGGAGUCCUUAAGGUAGGUGAGGAAGAUGUGCCUGUUGGCAGCUCCCAGAGCACCUCUCUGGCUGCCACUGUGCUGCUCUGCUCUGUGCCAUCAGCGCCCACUCACUGA